CAAACGGAAAUACCACGAGAGUUUCCAUUGGACAAAUGCAUGUAAAUCCCUCCCCGUUUCGUUCUGUUUGGUUCCUAGUGAAUACACCCCUGGAAAUUGUCCUGGUGUGUGCUGCUGUCUAUUUCGCCCAUUCGUGCACAGCCCGAUUAGGGUGGCUAGAUUGAUACAUGUGUGUAUCACAUUUUUACCAUCGUUAUAUCUUAUGUCUUCUAUUUUUCAUCACCGGCUUCUCAUCGGAAACCAAACAUCUAGCUUGGGAGAGAAGAUUUGCAGUCUCGCCAAACAAUGAGUGAGUCCAGUAUCUGCCAGGCGCGGGCCACGGUCAUGCUGUACGAUGAUGCUAACAAGCGCUGGGUGCCAGCAGGCACAGGGGGCCAGGCCUUCAGCAGGGUCCAGAUCUACCACAACCCCGUGGCCAACACAUUCCGAGUGGUGGGACGCAAGAUUCAGGCCGACCAGCAGGUGGUGAUCAACUGUCCAAUCGUCAAGGGGCUGAAGUACAAUCAGGCCACAACCAACUUCCACCAGUGGCGGGACGCCCGGCAAGUGUGGGGGCUGAACUUCGGCAGCAAGGAGGACGCCACCCUCUUUGCCAAUGGCAUGAUGCACGCCCUGGAGGUGCUGAGUGCUCUCGGCGACUCGGGAUACUCCUCUCUCCCUCGCCCUGUCCAGAAUGGACCCUCCCCAGAGGAGCUGGAGCAGCAGAGGAGAAUGGAGCUGCAGAGGCAGGAGCAGCAGGAGAGAGAAAGACAGGCCGCAGCCAUCCCUCCUACAGCCCCACCCGCCCCGCAUGCCCCUCCCUCAGCCCCCGGUGGACCCCCACCUCCCCCAGGCCCGCCACCACCCCCAGGCCCCCCACCUGCUGGCCCYCCACCCCCACCUGGCCCCCCACCACCCCCUGGGUCCGGGGCCCCACCUGCCCCACCUCUGCCAGGAGGAGCAGGAGGAGGGGGGGAUGGAGAGGGUCUCGGUGGUCCCGGUGGACUAGCUGCUGCCCUGGCAGGAGCCAAACUACGCAAAUCCGCGAAGGAGGAUAGUGGUGCGGCGGCACUUCCUACAUCGGGAGGAGGAGGAGGAGGAGGAGGAGGUGGUGGGGGAGGAAAUCUGAUGGGGGAGAUGAGUGCCAUUCUGGCCCGACGGAAGAAAAUGUCAGAUAAUCCAGGCGCAAAGAAGGAUGAGCCCAGCAAUGAAGACUCCUCAAAGUCMUCAGGCCAAGGUGACACCCUCAGGAGACCGUGGGAGAAAUCCGCCACCAUGCCAAGGACUAACUCAACCACCAAGACCCAGGUGCAGGAGAGCAGCCCAAGCCCCACCACCUCUGUCCUUCCUCCCGUUCCCCCUUCUCCAUCCUCUAACCCAGUGUCCAGGAUGAAGGCAGUGAACAGCACCACGGACAGCACAGGCAGUGAAGACACAGAGAUGGAAAGAAUCAAACAGGACAUCCUUGAGGAAGUGAGAAAAGAGCUCCAUAAAGUGAAGGAUGAAAUAAUCUGUGCAUUUAUCCAGGAGCUACAAAAGAGAGGACCAGUAUAGUCUCUCAACAUACAGCCACUGAGGGGGGGGUGGAAGGGAGAGAUAGCCAUAUGGAGGGGUGGAUGGCUCAUAUAUUUCCUUCAAUGUUACACACACAUACCUAUACAUUUAGGACUGUACCAAUCGGCAGUCUUCCAAACUUUUUGGGGGGCUGUUUUUCUUGUUUGUCUUAUGGUUUCAAGAGCUCUGCUGUGCUGUGCUUCUCUCUCGCUCCACCAUCAUUGUCUACCUUACUCUACUCUACUCUCUCCCUGCCUCCCAAGUCAACGCCCAUAUCUUACCUGGAUAUAUCUGGCCUUACUUUUCACUAGUGCAGAGCAAGGUUUGGCUCAGUUCAAAUUGAAGGCAGUCAACUGAAAUUCCAAUUCAAUUAUUGAAAAAAGGGCAUCUAAUUUCAAUCACUUCUCAAUAAACUGAAAAGAAGAAGCUAUUUAUGUCAAAAGUUUUACACAUUUUGGAUUUUAAAUUCACUUUCUGAAUUUACUGACUUCAAUUCGAAUUGAGCCCAAACAUGMUGCAGAGAAUUCAGGGAAUAGUGUCAACCACACCAUCGAAACACAGUACAUUGUCAACAGUCGCACAUUUCAAAGUCUCACACCAACCUAUCUGUGGGGAAACGGUUCAGCUGCAGCGGUUGACCUCACGGUGGAGCUGUGAAACAGGAGAAUCGGAUCCGAGGGCCUGCCUUUUUCUGUAGUCUCUGUAUAACCCAGGAACAGUCGGGGAACUACAAAUUCCAGCUUGCAACAAUAAGAGAGAUCUGGUUAAAUAUAUGUAUGUCUGUCUACUAUACCUAAUAGGAGUAGGGUGAAGUUGUUCCUAGACCCUGAUCUUGGGUCAGUUUUGCAUUUUCUCCACUUAUGGUUAAGUUUGGGGGACAGGAAGCUAAUCCUAGAACUGUACUUAAGGAAACUUCAACCACCUUAUACUGCCACCUUAUACUGUAAUAGUGAACGGGUUGCCAACUCCUCUGAGCUCUUGCUACACCUCACAUCAAUUGGUUUUUUGUUUUUCAAACUCAGGGAUUAGAGGAAGCAUAGGACCGUCUGCAACAGGUCCUAUACUAGUCACCAUGCCCACUUCUCCUUAGCAUUUAGCACAGAGGACUGCAGCAGACCACCUAUGGAUAACAAACAGGUCCAAUCCUAAAUCAACCCCUAUCCCCUACAACCUUUGCCUCCCUUUUUCACUAGUGGGGUUGUGAGAAGAUUGGAUUUGUGUAAGCAAUAUGGCAUCCAACCAAUCAGAGAGCAUGUUGAAACUAUUACCAUAUUACUUAUGUCUAUCUUAUCCUUUCAGAUCUCCACAAGUGCAUAGGGUCAGGGGUCGAUUUUGGUAUACGGUGACAAUUCUCACCUAGUCACAGAAACAGAAUGAUUAGAAUGGGCAUUAUCCUCUAAAAGCAAUUAGCUAUUGCCGAUAGGAUCUUAGAUUAUUUUAAUUGUAUCUAUUUAAGAAUGAAGAAUGAAUUCUUAAGCACUCCAAUGUCUGUGACAUUUCCGAGCUCCCUGUGCAGCACAUCCAACAGGUUGCCAACCAUAUCCAUUUCCCAAUGAUAUGGGGAACCAUGCCUGUUCUGUCCAUUCUUUUUCUACACUCCUAAAACUGCCUACUCUUCWAGUAACCGCAUAAGAAAAGGGGAGAGAGGGGAGAGGAGGAGAGCAGGUAGGGGACUGUACCUGGUAUGAUUCUGCUGCAGUGCAGGUAACUGCUACAUAUCACUGUGCGACAGGGACUCUUACUCGACUUUGUAUGUUCUUAUAAAGAUACUUAAUACCCAUUAUGUUAGCUGCCUCUGUGGCCUCGUCCGAUAGAGAUGCCAAUCUUUGCUAAUGCAAAUCUGCCUCACCUCUUGAGCACUCUUACAAUCCUAUAGUUUAAGCUAAAAAAAAAUGUAGUACUUAAAAAAAUCCUUAUGGUUUUCUAUUUCCAUUGGAAAUUCUGUGGUAAUGAAAAUAGAAGYCCACUGGGCAAAAACUGGUUGAAUCAACGUUGUUUCCAUGUCAUUUCAACAACAACAAAAUCUAUGUGAGGAGGUUGAGUCAACAUGGAAUACUGAUUGGAUUUGCAAAAAAAUCAUGAUCUUAAGGGAAUUAUCUUUUUCUUUCACCCAACUUUUUGUCUAAAUCCAAUGACAUGGUGACAUUUGUUUAUUUCACGUUGAAUUCACAUUAGUUGACAACUCAACCAAAUGUAAAUCAAAACUAAACAUUGAAAUUAAGUCUGUUCCCAGUGGGAGGAAUCUUUUGAUUUAUUUUUAGAUACAUUAUAAUUGUUAUUUUGGAUUUAUUGAAGGUGAUUUUCUAUUAUUAGAGUGAAGGAUUUUUACACUGAAAUGUUGUGUGAGAGAAAAUGCUGUAAAGACACUGGAUUGGAGAUGCCUUUCUGGUCAAAUACAGCUGCUUCUUGAAUCAAA